AUGUUUAGAUCUACUUUAAGACUUUUCUCUGCUACCUCUUCCUCGUCUGGUGUUGGAUCAAGUAUUGCCAAUACUGUCGGAUUAGGUAGAUUGAAUCAUGUAGCUAUUGCUGUACCAAACAUGAAAGAAGCUACUUCUAUGUAUAGAGAUAUCAUGGGUGCUAAAGUCAGUGAACCUGAAGAUCAAAAGGAACAUGGCGUAACCACUGUGUUUGUUUCAUUGGACAAUACAAAGAUCGAAUUAUUACAUCCAUUGGGCGAAAACAGUCCAAUUGCCAACUUUUUAAAGAAGAACCCAGCCGGUGGUGUUCAUCACGUUUGUAUCGAAGUCGAUGACAUCAAUUCUGCUGUCAAGACUUUAUUGGAUAAACAAGUUAGAAUCAUUGAUCCAAAUCCAAAGAUUGGUGCUCAUGGUAAACCAGUCGUAUUCCUUCAUCCAAAAUCUUGUAAUGGUGUAUUGGUUGAACUUGAACAAAAAUAA